AUGGUGAAGAAUAAGCAAUCGCAGCCUUUGGUUACUCCAUCGAAUUCGCAUCUCUGGCGAAGAAGCCGUUGGAAGUCGUCGCAUCAACUUCGAAGAAUCAACGAAAACAGUGAUUGGUUCGAGAGGUCGUUUGUUGGUGGUGCGUUUAAGGAAUUGGAUUUGGGGGUUGAUGAAGAGACAUGGAAGAAGAAUUGGAGGUUGGUACCGAUGAAGAAGAGGAAGAGGAUAGAAGAAAAGGUGAAGUCCGUGCAAGCUGAUGAGCUCAAAACGAUGUGGGAGAAGAUUGACGUUGUGCAUGAAGCGAGAUCUUUGAUGGCUAAAUAUGUUUAG